AUUCCGACUCCCACAGGAUCGACACCUUGAUCAGAGCAGUCGCGCAGAUUAAGUGCUCUUCCUUGACCGAUUAGACCAGCGGAGAGAAUCCCCGCUUGAAGUGGGAUUUUGAAAUGUUUCAGUCCAUUCUUUUUUCCGAGGGCGGUGCUGUUGCGCCGCUGUGAGCGCAAGCGGGUCUGCGUUGUUUGCUCGAAACCUGCUUGUACUGUAAUUGAAUCCUAAUUCCCAAACCGGUUGUUAUGGAUGGAGGACGGGAGAGAAGGUAGAGCCUGUUGCUCUCUCCUUCGGCAGAGCGCGGUAGGGGAACCGCUAAUCUGUUUUUCUGCAAUAUUACCAGAAAGAGAGUAAAUUGUCGGGCUCGUAACUUUUUUGACCAAUUUCUGGACAGACUUGAAGGAUCAAUUUUACCUAUAGUGCCAGCGUAUCGAAGAUUUCGUUUCCCACACUGAGGAUUGGAUUACAAGUGACAUAAGUUAUGUGUAGCUCGGAUGUAGGCUAUACAAUAUUGAAAGUCGUAUUUUGAAUGUUUUUACAAAGAUAUAAAACUGGGAAAUUGCUUCUUUUUUUUUGACAGUUUCGGCUGUCAUUUCAUGAAAUAAAAGUUUAGUUGGAUAUGACAAGCAUUGCUUGUUGAUGUGUUUAAUAUAACAAUCAAAGGGAUUAAACAAGUGACAUUUAGAAGGAGAAAAGAAAAUGGAAAGCGAAUUGAAACCGCGGCUUUGUUCCAUGAUAAAAGGAGAAAAUGGAUAUGGGUUUCAUUUGCACGGUGAGAAGGGAAAGAGCGGGCAGUAUAUUCGGAAAGUGGAGCCCGAUUCUCCAGCCGAAGCCGCCGGACUGCGCGCAGGGGACCGAGUGGUGGAGGUGAACGGCGAGAACGUGGAAAAAGAAACGCACCACCAAGUGGUGCAGAGGAUCAAGGCGCUGGAGCACGAGACGAGGCUGCUGGUGGUGGAUCGGGACACGGACGAGUACCUGCGGAGCCUCCGGCUCGCCUGCACGGAGGACAUGGCGGUCCAAGAGAAGGCCGAGUCCCCGGCUUCCGCCUCGCCGGCCGCCUCGCCGGCCGCCUCGCCCGUCGCCUCGCCCGUCGCCUCGCCCGCCACGCCCAGCAAGCGGGAAAACGGCUCCAUCUCCAAGCCCCCCAGGUCCUCGUCCCUUGUGGGGGCCAAGCCAUCCAAGAGGUCGCCCUCGCGCGCCGGAAAGAAGGAGAAGAAGGCCCAGCCGCCGCCCGAGCCCGAGCCCGAGCCCGAGUCCCCAGACCAGGUGGAGCGGGAGGUGGAGCGGGAGGUGGAGCAGGUGACGGAGCUGUUUCCCCGGCUCUGCCGCCUGGUGAGGGCGGAGACGGGCUACGGCUUCAACCUGCACAGCGAGAAGGCGCGACCGGGCCAGUACAUCCGCUCCCUGGACCCGGGCUCCCCGGCCGACCACGCGGGGCUCCGGCCACAGGACCGGCUCGUCGAGGUGAAUGGCGUCAACAUCGAGUCUCUGAGGCAUUCGGAGGUGGUUGCCUUCAUCAAGAGCGGAGGGGAGGAGACGAGGCUGCUGGUGGUGGACCCAGACACGGACGACCACUUCAAGAAGCUGGGCAUCGUCCCCACAGAGAGCCACAUUAAAGAUUAUGAAUCGCAGCCUGUGACAAACGGCUCCUCGGAGCUUCAGGUGAACGGCAGCUCAACGUCGCAGUCCACGCGCUCCACACACUCCGCCCACUCUGAACUGAGCACCCCAGAAACCAGCAUGCAGGUCUCUGAGGAGAAUGAGUGCCCCCUGCUGGACCCCUUUGAGGAGAGCGGCCUUCAGCUCAGCCCGACGGCGGCAGAGGCAAAGGAGAAGGCCCAUGCCAAGCGCGCCAGGAAGAGGGCGCCACAGAUGGACUGGAACAAGAAACACCAGCUCUUCAGCAACUUCUGAAAAUCCGCCUCCUCCUCUUCCUCCUCACAGACGACUGUGGCCAGCACCGCCUAACCCAGCCCGGCCUUGUCUUUACUCCUAACAGGGCUGAAGAGGGUCAUUCAGUGUAAAACAUGUGGGUUGCUGGGGAAAGGGGGUGUCAUUCCUCCAAAAAAAAAAAAGAAAACAAAGCAAAGCAAACACUUCUGAGGGUAAAGACAUGAGACCCAAGCCCUCUGCUGCCCCCUGGUGGUAGAUUAAAGGACAUGCUGACCUCACACGCACCCCAGAUGUACACAUCUGGUGCUGUAGAGCCCCCCCCCCCCACCCUUCAGAAAGGCUUCUUCUGGGCCUUUCUCAUGUCCGCUCAUCUGAUGUUUUCCAGAACAUUUUCUCUCAGUAGGCCUUCCCCCGCCCAGAACAUCUGCCUCUCACGCUGGCUUGCCAGACAGCCCCCCCCACCCAACCAUCCCCAUGCCGACACUGUUAUCUGACCAUUUUAAUAAGCUCUGACAUGACAUCGCAAUGUACUCCUGGUUACAAGAGAAAAACUUGAAAACAGGCACAAGCUGGAAUCCCAACACACAUAAGCAGUGUUCCACAAGCCAUCUGGGAGGAGGUUCGGGGUUCGGCGGUUUGUGGGGGAACUCUCAAAAGCAAUUUAUAUGCGAUGACGUACUUUGUAGCAUAUCAUAUCUUCCCUGGACUCCUACACUAACAACACGCACCCCGCUCCUCCACUCCAAACACAUGCAUACCUGCUGCAGGGAUGUCAGUGUUAGCAUUCAUUGUGGUCAAAUGGCAAAUACCUGUUCCUCACGGCUAUUUGAACCAGAUGAGAGAGAGGAGGGAGGGAGGGUGGGGGUGGGAGAGAGAGAGAGAGAGAGAGGAGAACACAGCUGUGGCAGUAAUUCCACUGGAGAUAAAAAUCUUGUGCCCUUCCAGUGAUUGAGCAGCAGGGGGAGCCAGAGUGCAAGAAAGUCAGCUUGAGCUGCUUCAUUACAAACCAGUAACAGAAUGGGAGUCUAAUGUGAGGAAAGGCGCUCUUGUUCAGUGUGCAGCAGCCACAAGAGGGGAAGGUUGGGACACACGCAUGCAUGCAUGCAUGCAUGCAUGCACAUACGUACACACACAUACACACACAGACACAAACACACACACACACACACACAAAACCAGAGACUUGCGUUGCUCUGAUGAUCUCUGGCUAGGGAGGCUGUGGGACCGCAUGGACUACUGGAACUUCUCUGCAAAAACCUUGUGAGCCAGAAUCUCCCUUUUUGGGGAGGAGGAUGAUCACAUGUAUGGCUAAUUCAUAAGAUCUCUUUAAAAAAGGCUUCUGAAACUUGGAAACACAGUGUCAUUGUACUUGUGACUGCCCUGCAGAUACUGCGCGUUGAGAGAACGUUGGGAGAACGCUGUGAGAAAAGUACCCAUCGGCCGCAGGUGAGAACACUCGGGGAUGGACUGCUGAAGUGUAAUGAUCCCCUGUAUCACAUGACCUCUGUACCAUGUGAUCUCUGUACCAUGUGACUCUCAGGAUUAAAGACAUUAUAGGAAGAGGAAAAAAAUACAAUAUGCGGAAGGUGAAGUCUAACCCUUUAAAGCAGUAUUCAACUAUCCCCCCGCUAUCAGUUUGUGGUUUGCGGGCUUGCUUAUUGCUGGUGUACUUUUUCUGGCUUUUCCCUUGUGAUGAGAACCACAGUUACACACAGUUAGACCUGUGAUUCGAUGGGACAAAAAGACUGGAAUUUUUUUUUUUUUUUUUUUUUUUUGCACAGUCACAAAAGACUGGGAAAGUCCCAUGGUUCAGCUUCUCUGCUCUACUCUACAAGACGGCGGUAGGACACACAGAGAACUCCUGGCUGCUCAUGUGGAAGAAGACAAGGCCACAAUCACACCUGAACGGGGUGUUGGGGGGGGGCUGGGGGGUUAGCAGGGUGACAGCCUGCAUUUCAUACCAUUCUCUCAAGGUUGGAUUUGAUGACCCCUCCCUCACCCCACAUUCUUACUCAUCUUGGUGAGAGUGCUGCCACCCAAAAGGCAGGCCAUUAUGACAGAAAUAAGCCAAGUCACUGCGAAGGACAGUUAUCGAAUAUUCUGUUGUGAUAAGACACAACUUGUUGAGCUUUCAUUUAAAUUCAUAAGAGAUACAAGUAUGUCUUGAAAAUCAUUUAACAGACUGACAUUCCAAAGCAAACUGAAUACCAGGCCUGUGAGUGUUCACAGUCAUCGCAGGAACUCUUAAAGGAAACAGGAAGUACCCACAGAGCACUGCCUUUUCCUAAUGAUUAAACAGCCUCUGGCCACUCUGCUGCUGACUCUACUGGAACCUUGGUGAAAAUCGGCAGCACCACAAGACACGUCCAUCGGCUCGUGAGACCGAAACUGCCACCGCGACAGAUAUCCAUUUCCACCUGCGUGACGCGGUUAUUAUAGUUACUUCAGUUCAUAUUGAUACCAUAAUAGUUAUGAGGCUCAGUAGUACACCACCCUAUUUUAAAAGCAGUCUGUAUGUCUGCUGAACACAUCUGUUCCCCAUCUAUGUAUUCUGUAUAUCCUCAUCCAGAGCUCUAGCCUACAGUAUACCAGAGGCCACAGACACACACACACACACACAUAUAUACUGUAUAUAUAUAUAUAUAUAUAUAUACACACACACACACACACACACACACAAGAACACACCAUAGUUAGCAUUUCUCAGUAAAGUGUGACACCCUUGUUCAUGGAUGUGCUAAGACAUGUACGGACUAUUGUUCCUCCCAGCUAGGCUAACACUCGAGGGUUUCGCCCCCUAUUUUCUUUGGCAGAAGCACAAUGCAGUUACAGUAUCAUCGCAAAAGGAGGUUUACCUUCCCAUCGAGGCUGUAAUCACAGAAUAAAGAAUUUCUGUGUUAGAAUUGCCGCAAAAACUAUAGAAAGGGUGUAUUCAUGCAAGGGCACAUUUUUCUUUCCCCAAACACUGUGUGAAUCUGGUUCUCUCUGUGUAAAUAAUGACUCACGGCAAAGAAAUCUGCCUUCACUCACACUGUUGGACAGGAAAAAUCUAUGAAUCAUCUUACAAAGGGCUCUCCAUCGCAAAUAUUGACUGAAAAAUAAAAUAAAACUCCCGAUUCCA